UAUCCGAUUCUUCACAAAAGUGCAGGGUCGUGUCGAUCAAAAUAUUCUUCACAACCUUCAUUUUGUUGGGCACUUUCCAAAUAUCUUACCCUUUUGAAAAAGUUUUCAGAGAUUCAAGAAUUCAGGAACUAAAUGUUAAAUGUGACAUAUAUGGUGUUUUACGUGAAAGCAGAGUGGAGAAUGUUAGGGAUUUUAUAGGAAGUUAUUUGA